AUGCACUGGGCCUUACAGAAACGGAAACGGAGCGCCAAACUCCAAUCCGUCGCUGUCACAAGUUUGGCGGGUGCGUUUGUGAACAAGAAAGUGAAGCUGAUGCUUCAAGAGGAAGUAGAUUCUUUUCCAGGAUCCGCCAUUACCGACGUCGUCGCUGUGGCCGGAUUGGUUGAACUGAGCGCUCCAAGUCGCAAUAUCAAGGGGUUUGAUGGUUUGUCAGGACGCAGCCUGACACUAGAAGACUCGUUCCUUCACCAUCAGUCCAUGAUGGCUACCGAUGACGACCCCUCAUAUGCCACUCCACCAAGCUAUUAUUCUCGGGUCUUGCUCGGACCAGCCCCGUCCAGCGAUCCUGUGGAUGCAAACUUUGUGGAUCAAGGCUAUCUCAAUCGGUCACCAUCCAUAUUUUAUACCUGGGACUACUUGGAUGGUCCUGGAAGAGUCGACUCUGGUGUGGAUAGCCCUUGGGUAUAUAAUGAUAUUGAAGUCGGCGAUGAACUCAUGGCGUUCAGGAGUCUGAUCGUCGAAAACAAUGGCGGUCUUUCAGAGCCACACGAGAAGCUGGCUGUGAACUUUAUGUUCCUUGUCGAAGCGGAUCACCAGACUGGAGGCUUGCAACUGAGGUCGAGGACAAGUCUUGGGAGGCACUCUGUGAAGCGACAAAGGACUUGGUGGACCCACUACCAGAAGCCACCCUCGUUGAAGCACACCAGUGGGUGCACUUGCUAG